AUGUCUAUUGUGAAAAAUCUAGUCUUUUUUUUAAUCUUAUUAGUCAAACAGAGUAUAACAAAUGAUGAGUUUGAUCAUUUACCAAAGCCUCCAGUAAAUUAUCAUCAUUUUGUUGAACAAGCUGGUAAAACUUAUAAAAUUAUGGAUUCGUGCAGUGAAGUGAAACUCACUGAACCUAUGUCUCGUUGUGUUAUACAAAUAGGUCAUAAAUAUAUGCUUAAAUAUAUGUCUAUUAGGUUUGCUCAAGAAUCAACUGGCAGUGGAGUUAUUAUAUUUAAAUCGGUCGAAAAUUAUAUAUCUUCUAUUAUUAUUUUAACAACAUUUCAUAUAGUUGUACCUCAAUUGGAUUUAAUAUCUGGAGGAAAAAAUGAUUUCAAUAUGGGAUCAUAUUCAAUGGAUUGUCAGUUAAUAUCAUCAAGAUUAAUAUUGUCAAAAGAUUGGUGGGAUGAUAUAGCCAUUAUAAAAUGUUCAAAUAUUGAAAUAAAUAUGUUCAAUUACAUUGAAGUAUGUCAAGUAGCAUUAAACAAUAGUCAAUCAAUAUCAUCUGGUUCAUCUAUAAGUGUAAUUGGAUUUGUUGGUAGACCACCCGUCUCAUUUGAUCUUAUAAUAGAUCCAUUUUUUUCCUCAUCAUCACCUUUAAUAAGUAUUCCUGCAAUUCAUGGUAAAACACCAGAAAAUUUUCUUUUAAAUAAUAAAUUCAUGAAUUGUACUGGACAAUUACGAUUAAUUGAUAGUCGAAAGUUGUUUAUAGAUACUCCAUCAACUUAUGGUUUCAGUGGUGGUCCUUGCUUUUUAUCAUCAAAUAGAAAUCAAUGGGAAUUUAUUGGUAUAUUAACAGGAGCAUCGAAAUUAUGGAACACAUGUACAUCAUUACAACAUUCAACUAUCUUCAAUUAUUAUUAUAAUGAAAUACUUCUAAAUAAAGUCGAAGAAAAUGUAUAUAAAAAUGAUUUGUAA